CGACAAGUGAAGGCGGCCGAUUUGAAAUGGCGAGAAAACAUGGCUGCCAUUUUGGGCAAAAUUUUAAACGGAGAAGUAACAUUGCAGGAUUUAGAUUUUCCGCUGAAAAUUGAUGGCAAAGAGGUAAGCUACACGCAUAGCGAUUAGCAUUCUGGGAGGUCGAAUUUUGCGUAGUUAAGCUGAGUUUAGCAAAUAGCUAACCCUCUGAACCGAGCUUAAGCUGAAAGGUUUUGUAACCAAAGAUAAAAAUAAAUACAUGUAGUUUUAAGAUUGAAUAGAUCCACAAAAUAAAUUAAGGGGUCGGAAGGAGUCGCUGUUGAACUGACCUUGUUUUGCAAAAACGGAAUAAUUGCGUCCUCUCUAUCCUAAACAGGGUAUAUAAUUUCGCACGAGUCCUAAACAGGGUAUACAAUUUCGCCCAAGUCUGCCCAAAACAGUGUGCAUGAUUUGUGCGAGUCUGUUCUAGUAAUAAUUGAGGGAGUUGUCCUAAACAGGGUACUAAAAUUGAGGGUGUUGUCCUAAACAGGGUAUUUAUUUUAGGAUUUUUUGUCCUAAACAGGGUUAGGGUUUCAAACCCUCAGCGGCUCACCUAUACCCAAAUAUUUGUCGAGUACCCCCCCGGGAAUCCGACCACACAAAAAGUACACAUAAUGUAUGGAAGAAGUCAAAUUGUCUAAAAAGUAACAAAGGAUUGCUGUGCACUUCACAUUUAGUGUAUAGUUUCUUUAAGUUCAUUAGUGAAAGUUUGCAAAGAGAAAAUGAUGAAUAUAUAUUCAAUUAGGAAGAAGUAGUUGAAAUUGAAUUCCCAUACAAACUUUUGACUACCCAUCAGCUUGUCCUGAUCACCCAGCAUGGCCUCACAACCGUGAAGGGGUCUAUUCACUUUUGUCCCGCUUAAUGUCAACCAGAUGAUUAGGUCAGCUCUCCUCCCUUUCCCCUCCUUAAUGUCCACUUGAAAUUUUGCUGCCCCCAAAAGUCACUGCAAUCCAGAAGGAAUACUGACAUGCACUUUCAUAAAAGAUCCAAGGGUAAAAUGUACAAUUUGCCAGUAGUUAAGAACAGAGUUUAAAAGAUCACAAUUUACACUCACUGUUUAAUUGGUCGUGCUUUCUCUUAAUGUCAAACUCAGAAAAACAUGAACACCUGAAAAGCUUCAGUAAUGUUGAUUGUGUAGUGGCCAUCACAAUAAAGUUCAGGAUACGCAAGCAAACCUCAAAACCACAAAUUAAGUACUGUUGCUGUUUGCAGUUUAGUUAUAUCAUGUAUCUCGCACCUAAUUGGCUUAUUCCUUGCAACAUAAUAACGUUCCAUAAAUAUUUCUGGUGUUCACGGUUUUGUAAGUUUCACAGUAAAUGAUGUCACAAGCACUGUUCCUCACAUGAUGUAAAAUUUAUCAAAGUGCAUCAGUUUGCUUUUGUCCAAAAAAUUAAUGCCCCACACUAACGUGCACUGCCUUACCCCCUCUCCCCCUAAACAUGCAGUUGAUGUUAAGUGGGGGAAUAGCAUGUUGACAGCCCCUUAGUAUGCAUAAUUGAUUAAAAUGGCUUCUUUAUUGUUUGUAACAUAUGCUCAUUCAGGCCACCAUGGUUGUCUGUUUCUAAUCUAAUCGCUUGUCUGCAUCGUGCUUGUUGCAGGAUGUCAAAGGAGAAAACAAAAAUCUCAAGAAACAAAGUAUUGCUGAAUUGGCACCCUUCCUUAUCAACUAUCUCAGAGAAAAGACCUCCCAUCAUUUAACGCCACGCCAAAACGCCACAUCAACACCCAAGAAGACGCCCAUUUUGCAAUCCAAAGGUGUCAAAAGUACAAAUGACCAAUCACGCGUUAACAAGAAUUCCUCCAAAGGAACUUUAUUUCUUUCACAAAAGACUCCUUCACCAUCCCCUGUGACACCAUUGUCACAGAGUCGACGUGAAAAGCUACAGGAGCAUCAUGCAUCACCUUGUUCUUCACCGCGCCUCAGAAAGAAAUCUCCCAAAGUUCAAGGAAAUGACAGAUAUCAGCAAAAAUUAAAUAUUGAUGAUCCAAAUGAUUUUCCUCCCAUGGGGACUAGCAGGUGAUCCAAUUAUUUACUGUUUUUUAUUUCAGGUGUACACUUGUACAAUAAUACAGUAACUACUUACUUGUGGCAAUUCUCCAAAAUAAUAGAACAAUUCAAGGGGAAUAGAGUUGAGGUGGCCUGCGAACUGCAGACCUAUUUUGGGUCGUUGCUUCUCUCCCUCCGAAAAACAUUGUUAUUUUUCGGAGGGAGAGAAGUGACUACUGGAAAUAUGUCUGCAGUUCACAGGCUAGAGUUGAGGAGACUCAGAGAGACCCUUGGCCUGGGUUAGGCCAGGACUUAAGUUUCUUUUAAUUAAUUAUUUUGAAUGAUAUAUUUUUUAAUAUUUUAAUUAUAAAAAUAUUAAAAACUAUCUUUCAAACUAAUUAAUUAAAGAAACGUUAGCCCUUGCUUUCAUGUAUAAUGCACAAUACUUACAAGUUUUGUAAAGUGCUUUUGAAUUCUUAGAAACAGUGCUAUAUAAGCUUGUAUUAUUAUUAUUCUUUUGUAUUAAUUUUAUUGGUUGUAGCUCAUAAUAGUAGCCAAUGCAUACAGUCUGUAGGUCAAAUAAAACUCUGAAUGCAGAAAAUAAUUAGAGCAAAAUUUCUUGGAACAGAUGCUGCAUCUUAUAAGGAAUACAAUUGCAUGUAAAUUUCUAUGCAUUUUACUGAAGCAUCCUCUGGUUGUAGUCGGUAUUAUUAAACUGUCUUGCUUCUAUAACAUAUUAUAACAGCUCUUACGUUGGACCAGUGUUUCAGCUGUGCUGUACAUGUAGAUAGAAAAAAAGUUUUGUGGUCGGUCUGUAGGCACAUGCUCUGAAGGUUUUUUACACUUUUCACAUGACUUACAUUAUGUAUUAUUUUGGGCUGUGUGAGGGGUUUCUUGAAGUUGCAGUCAAGUAAGUCUUAAUUUUAAUCUGACAACGUUUUUCUUUCUUUCACAGCAAGAAGGUGACUCCAUCCAGAAGAAUAACCCCAACACAGUUGAAAAGUGAUGGAAGGAAAGGCAAAUGGUCACCUGCAUUCUCAUCCUCAUCACUUACACUAGAAAGUAAUGGCAGCCCUGCUUCUCUUCAAGAAGAAAGGAAAAUGUUAAAGCUGAUGAAAGCUAAAAAGCAAAAUAAAGGGGAUUCCCCUUGGGGAAACAGAACUAGUCCCAGUCCUCAGGCAGGUGUCAGAUCCCCGCCACUUCAUGUGUUGGGAGAUUUUAUUGUAACACCACCCAAACAAACAGUUGUAACUAAUGCCUCGCAACACAAGCACUCAACAGCAAACAGUUUGCUUUCAACACCUCCGCCUUAUAAAGAUCAUAAUGGGAAUAACUCUCUAGAUAUUUCUGCUACAAGUGAUUCAAAUUUUCAGCAUUCUGAAGAGGAGGCACUCAAAGACAAGACGCAAUUUAUACAAGUGGAUAAAGAGAAAGUUAAUUUCCAUGACAAACUUGAUGCUCUUGCUAAAAUUUAUUCCAAGUGUAUUACAGGUAAGUGCACAAUAAAUUUUGUUACUUACAUGUAUACACCCUAAUAAAGUCAAAAAAAUUGUUUGACUACUACAUUGUAUCAUUGAUCAGAGACAUAAACCAAUGUAAAAGCAAUUAAAAUAGAGGUAAAAUUUGUGUUAGCAUGACAUGUACCAUCGCUUAUACGAGUCAUGUGUACUCAGUUGUUAUAAGAGGUAUGAAACACAUUGAUAUCCUGCUUGCUAGACAUCCCCAUGUUACUAAAAAAAAAUAAUUAUCUUCCAGGUAACUUUACAGUACAUUAGUCUAUAUAAUACUGUGCAUGCACCUCUACUGAUGUUAUGUGUGUACAGUCUAUUUGAGAACACAAAGCAGUUGACCACGCAAUGUUUUUUCACAGGUAAUCUAGUUCCCAAUGUGAUAGCCGAAGUCUAUUUUGUGGUGCAGCUUUUGACAGCAAGAGGUAUCGCGCUGGCCUUAAAACCCACUCAAGGUACAUGUACAGUUGGUAGGCAUGACUGGAGAGUCAGUGUUUUUAAUGUAGCAGAGUUGUCAUCAAGGUUCAUAACUAGCAAGAGCCAUUACCGCUGAACUCACAUGAUUUACAGCUGUACAGGUGAAUUUUCCUUGCUAUGGCUGCUUCAAAAGUUAGUGACAGCCUGAUGUAGUAUGCAGUUGAAGCUUUCCACAGUAGCCACCUGUGGGAUGCAGGUACAAUGUAAGUGGCCUUUGUAAAGAGGUGGCCAAUAUAGGGCGGUAGGGGUGUUAUACAUGUAUGACACCUAAUUUGCUACAUUGUUCUUGUUCUUGAUGGCCAGGAAAGACUUUUCUCUGAGUGGCCUUAAUAAAGACUUUUGUUUCCCAUGAAUAAUUUUUUUUCACUUUUUUGCCUACUUGCAUGCUGGUGCACACUGCCAUGUGCAACAUGUGUGUUAGUAUGUAAUCAGGCACCUUAGCUAAUUUAACAAACUUUUUAAUGGUCUAUAGUUUUGUACCCUGAAAAAAGGCAGCAUUGCCGAAACGAUCUUCUAACAGCAUCGAUUUCAUAAUUUUCAAAUGAACAUUGGGACUUUUUUCCAAAAAUACCUUGAGUAGUUUCCCUUUGGUACAGUUAAGACCACUGCUUUUAAAAAUCAAAGUUAAACGUCAUGAGUGAAAAGAAAAUAAUCUCCAAAGAGAAAAUUAAUAUUAAAGUUGUGGUUCAUUUCAAACGAUUAUAAUAAAAUGACAAUUCCUCCCAUAGAGCUGCAUUCAUUUAAGAUAUGCUUGUGCAUGAAAAUAAUUAAGAAUGCUACUUGCAAUGUACCUGUAAAUGCAGUUCUUGUUUUUUUUUAACAUUUCUACUAUUACAUGGAAUAAUAAAAUUUAUUUAAUAUAUUUUCACUUCACAUGAAACUUCUUUUUUUUCUAGAAGACAAUGUGGAUGACCAAAAUAUUCUUGACUCAAUUCACAAUUGUACCUUCUUCUCUGUGGCAGUUCUCCAUAAUAUCCGAAGGUGUGAAACUGUUAUUUUUGUUUACAGUCAAGCCAGGUCAAGUGUACCCCCCAAGAUUCCAAUAAUGAAUUUACCAUAUUCAUUUGAUUAACCGCCACCCUCUACAUGGAUUAAACACUGCAGAUGGAAGCAAAAUUACCAAUAAACGGUGCCCUUGAAUAAACACUGCACCCAAUUGAAAGAGUGCGGUGUUUAUUCAAGGAUAAUAAGAAAAAACGUGGUAAUUUACACCAUACAGCCCGUUACAAUUCUAUCUCAGCAAAAUAAGAGAUACAUAUUUUGGAACCUUUAAGAUACAUAAUAUUAUAAUACAAGAGAUUUACAGUAACUGCUGUCAGUGAUUUAAGAGAAAUGAUUUCGAAAUAAACGCCACCCUCAAAAAUAAAUGCCGCCCUUGACUAAACACUGCAUCAGAAACAAUGGAAAUUUACUAAAAGGCUACGACAGUUAAUCAAAUAAAUACAGUAUUAUUCAAAAGUUGAAUUUGUUGGUAGUUGUACAGCUGUAGAUUUUUUAUUAUUUCUUGCAUUCUUGAAUACACACGCGAAGCAGUUAUGAAAUUUCUACUAGCUCUGUUUCCUCAAAUUUGAUGUAAAUGCCUUCAAAGCAAUGUUUUUGACGAUUCAAAGAUUAGUAAUUUGAUCAAACAGAGAUAAGUUAUUGUAAAAUAUUCACUGCUCAUCAUGCAUGCAGGGAUGCAGAUUGGAAUUUGACCUCAUUUUUAUAUAAUCAAUUUUUUUGACUGCAAUUUUGUUGAUUCUCUUGCAUGCGAGAGAACUUGAAAAUUACUUUUUCUAGUUAAGUUUUACUUUGUCAUCUGCAAGUACAGCAUUAACAAAGAGUUUUAUUCUUUUUCCAUCUUCAAGGCUGCGCUCUGUGCUCUCUCCCCUGGCCCCCCUUUUUUUUCUCCUGGCCGAGACUUGAAAAUCUAAGUUUUACAUAAUAUUAUGUAUCAUACAAAUCAUAUGACAGGAACCGUGGAUUUCACAGAUUUAGAGUGCUGCACUCCCUUCAGUUUUUCCUAGAAUCCAGCCUUGAUCUCUGCAUUGAUUUGGAUGACUACAGCAUUCCUUACUGCUUGAUCAUUAAGGAAGCAUGACUGAUUACACUUUAUUUUCCAUAGAUUGAUAUUCCUACUUGACAAAGACACACUCCGUUUAUUGGCUGAUAAUCCAAGGGUAAGUAUUCACAAACGUGCUCUAAUGGUUUCUUUACUUGUAAUAAAAAUCACUACCGGUAAUCACUGAUUAAAGUUUUGGGAAUCCUUUAAUGAUUCUAUUAUAACUACACUUGAUGUGUUUUUAAAAUAAGAUGUCCACACAGAAUAAUAAGGAGCUUAACCUAUUCACCCCUGAACCGUCCAAAACCACCUGUGCAGAUCUACAUCCCUUCUACUGCCUGUAAACAUCGGUUUUAAUGGCCAAGGACAUUUUUGUCCCCUAACUUGUGCAGGGUGAAGAGAUCUUUCAAACCCUACCAGAAGGAGACUGGAGAAAAAAAGGCAAAAAACCAUAACAUACCCAAGAAUUUCGAAUCCAUGAAAAUCUUCUUUCACUACCCACCUACUUUUCCUUUCAUCUAAUCCUAAGAUCCUAAAAGCUUUCUCAAGGACUGUUCCCACCAAAAUGAUUCCUGCUAAAGGCCAAGCAAAAGAAACAAAUGAGGCAAGUAAAGCAAAAGAGUAGGUAGACUAAGGGGAGGAAAGAAAGCGAAAUAAAUAGCACAUGCUCGAAUUUUUAAGUUGUAUGCAUCUGGAUCAGAAGGCCAUGAAAUGCAUGACCUGCAAACAGCUUUAUGGUAUUAGUUUUAGCUCUUUAUUUGCAGACAAUGACUAGAAAUCUGCUUGAACAGCUUCAAAAUGUGUUUUCCGGCAAAAUUCCCAGGGGUGAAUGGGUUAAGCAACCAUGACGAUGACAACAACAAUAACGUGAAAAGCUAUUGGUGUUUUGAGCAAGUACAUUCCUUUGAUGUCCAGUGUAUGACUACAAUGGGAAACCAUCUAAUGCCAUGUUUUAUACAGGACAGAAACAUACAAAGAAAAAAUUUCUUUUCUCUUUUUGAAAGGAUGCAUUUAGUGACAUUUUCAAGGAAUAAAGUUUGAAAUGACAUCAUUUUUUUUAGUGAUAUUAAUUUUUCACUGUAAUUGUUGUUGCUCUUAUGCUGCCUAAUGCAGUGGCAUGUCCUACACAUGCAGUUGCCCCUGGGGCAAUUUAUAAUUCUAACAGUACCACCUGUGUCAAUUCAGCAAAAAAACUUUUCGUCAGUAAUUUACCUAAUUGUAAUAUUAAUAUUGCAAGUGUAGCCAUUUUUGCAAACUUUUAAAACAAUAUUAAGAUACACUGAAACAUAUCAGUUGUAAAUUACACCUAUAAUAGAGUUUUUUCGCACUGACCCAAAAUCUCUAUAAUGGUGUUGCUUUCAUAAAUUUAAGAGUGUUAUUUUUCAAAAAAUUCAAUAGGCCCUGUUCAAAAAUACUGUGAUACUCUUUGUUUUCACUUCAAAGCUUUGCAGUUCGAAGUAUUGUUUUCAAUUCUCUUGGGAAGAUUGUUUAGUAAGUCACAAAGCAAAAGUAUUAUGGUAUUUUUGAAUAAGGCCUACAUACAGCAUAUAUGUACAAUGUAUGCAUUAUGUUGCAUACUGUGUAUAUCUAAAAUAAUUAUUGACUCCUUAGAUUGCAGACUUCUCUCCAAGCCUCAAAGAGACAUUUCUUGAAAAGUACAAAUCUCACUCUGCUGUUAAGGUUGGUAUACUUGUUCUAAUCAUGACUUUUUUGUUUUUUCAUUAAUUUUGAAAUCUUUCUGUGAGGAAAAUGAAGUAGUAAUAUUAAAAUGGCUGUAUGCGCGUAACCAUUCCAUACAAUGUGCCUGUACUUCGCUGAUCAGUCUUCCUCUUUUUAAGGUUUCAGAGCAGAGUUUUAUCAAGUCCCCCUUGGGUGGGGUCCCAUUCAGUGUAGAGAGAGACAACAAACAGAAUUUUCCAUCAGACAGAGCUUUCCACAACUUCAGAAAGCAAAGGUAAUUCAUUGCUGGAUUUUACUUUCCAUAACUAUGUAAUAAUGGGCACAGACAAUAGUUAAGAAAAGUGAACAGAAUUAAUAAAAAAUUAAUAAUAGGAAAAGAUUUAUUUGUAAAGAUACAUUGUCAUGAUUUUGGUUACACACAGCUGGAAGAGUACCCAUGUGCACUGUGUUUCCCUAACUGAGUACUGUAUGUCAUUGUACACUGUACCAAACAAUGGUCAGGGUUAUAUAUACUGUUACAGGGAUGUAUUCUAUGAGCUUGUGCGAGAAUGGGAAGACUGCAACUCAGUGGCUGGCUGGAACAUAGAGGAACACAUGGGAGAUAGAAUAAGGUGCAGUAAUUCAGUAAUGUGAUAAGUUGAGUGAUGUUUACAUGUACUUUUGCUAGUAGUCUAAAUUCAUGAUGCCUGUCAAAUGCAGUCAAAUGCAGCGAAAAUCCACAAAUAAUUAAUACUGAAAGCAAAAAACAAACAAAACAAAGAACACAUUUAUGCAACAACACAUUGUGCUGUGUGAAAACACUACUAUAGAGUUACUUUUUGAAUAGUCAAAUAAUAGCUCUUUUGUCCAGAUGCACCAAAAGUUAUAAGUGGGUGGGGCUGGAAGGGGUAAAAGACCAGCAAAGAGGGCUCCCCCACCUCUUAUCCAGGUGCUACAUCCUUUCAAUGCCUGGAACAGCAUCCACAAUGUAAGAACAUGAGAUAGGCAAAUGGCAUGAAAGAGUUUCUACUACUACUACUACUACUACUACUACGAUGGCGACGGCAACAACACCAAGGAUAGUACUACUACCACUACCACUACCACUACCACUACCACUACUACCACCACCACCACUUUUUGAUUUAACAACAACAAACAAUAAUAAUUUUAAUGAUAACAAUGCUAACUAUUAACCCAUUCGCUCCUGGAGAUUUUGCCGAAAAACGCGUUUUGAAGCUAGUCGAGUGGUUUUCUGGUCACUGUCGUGCUAUAAAGAGCUAAAACUUACCACAAACCGGUUUACAGUUCGUACACUUGGCGGCCUUCUGAUCCAGAUGCAAAAUAUCAGCUUGCGAAGUUCGGGCAUGCGCAGAAAGCAAAAUUUCGACAUAGUUUUUGGGUUUAAAAGUGACACAGCAGUCUUGACUUUUACUUUUCGCUUUCUCUCCUCCCUUCUUUUUUCGCUUUUCUUGCCUCAUUUUUUUUUUCUCUUGCUGGGCAUUUAGUAGGCUUCAUUUUGGUGUGAAGAGUUUUUAGGAAAGCUUUUAGGAUCUUAGGAUUAGGUGCAAGGAAAGGUAGGUGGGUAAUGGAACAAGAUUUUCAUGGAGAUUUUCAGGUCCUUGUCACGUGGUUUUUUGCUUCUUUCUCCGGUGUCCUUGACUGAAUUGUGCUCAUUCUGGUAUGGUUUGAAAGAUCUCUUCACUCUGCACACGUGUGCGAAGAAAGUUGUCCUUGACCGUUAAAACUGAUGACGUCACAAAGGGUAGAAAGGACCUGGAUCCGCACGGGCGGUUACGGGCGGUUCAGGGGCGAAUGGGUUAAAAUCCUAUUUACAAUAAUUAAUUCGCUUAAAAAAAACUAUUUUCAAGGUUAAACGCAUUCUUACUGAGAAAAUUACUAAAAAGAAGAAAAACAACAGCGCAUGCCUUAAUUACUAACAAAUAUUUGCAUGUCCUUUGUCAAUAAUAAUAAUAAUAAUAAUAAUAAUAAUAAUAAUAAUAAUAAUAGCAGUAAUUGUAAUGAUAACAAAAUGCUUUUACUAUCACCUUGCAGGGCCUUAGUGAAUCAAAAACCAGAGCUGGCAAACUAUUCUCACUUUGCACGCCUCUUCAAGUCGCAGCUGUUGCAGGUAGAAUUUGUGAAUCCAUUCCUCCCUUCUCCACACUUUCACUAUGUUUUUCUCCCCUCCUUUGAGCUGUCUCUCAUUCCUUGCAUCCCUUUCCUUGCUCUUCACCUUCUCUCUUCCUGAUCAGCCCUCCCUCUUGUUUCUACCUUUAAACCCUCCUGACCUCUUUCAUGUUGUUCGUUUUUAAUCGUUUUGUGUAUUUUGCUUGGCCUUCUCUUUCUCUUUCUUUCCUCUCUUUAUUCUUUUCUUGCCUUACUGUCUGGCUCAAUACCUCCUAAUCUACUUUUCAUUAUUUUUCUGUUUCUCUCUCUAUCUUUCCAUUUUUUAUUCCUUCCCUUCUCUUUAUGUUCUUUCUUUCCCCCUCCUCCUCUCUUCUAUGUCCCAGACUCCCUUCUCCCCAGAUUCUCCUUUGCUUCUCUCUCUUUUUCUUCCUUUCCUUGUACAAACAUCUAAGAAAAUUCCUACCCAGCUAUGGUGCAAAAUGUUAUUGUAGAUGUGUGAAGAAGAAAGGACUGGAAGUGACUUCCGUAACUCAAGUAUGCUGAGUAAUCUACAAAAAUCAAACCCGGAAAAAUUUCAAAGGUAUAACAUAAACAAAUUUUAAUCUUACAUGGAUUGAUACAUGUCCUGCCAAGUGUAUUGGUUAUUGACUGAGCAGCACUAUUUUACAUGCUUAAUGUGCAUGUUUUAGUACACUAAGUUUAUGUACUUGUACCCAGCUAAAGUUUAUUACACUUAAUGUGUCCGUUUCAAAGUAAUUUCUUAGUGCAGUGUUUGCAGGUUUUCAAAGUGCAGGUCAAUCAUCUCUGAAACUAAGAUUUUGAACAGUUUAUAAAAUGUGGACCUCUCUCUUUUGUCUUGUCAGUCAGUAAAAGUACCUCUCAGUCAAUAUCUGCAACAUGGAUUAUUGAACUUUAAUAAUUAUCAACCGUCAGAAAAUUAGCAAAACCCUUAAGAUCUCGAUUUGGGGCCAACAGGAUUAGAUUGAGAAAGGGGAUAAAGUAAAAAGUCACUUUUAUGUGAAAGUUGUCAUAAUUACCAUUAUUAUAAUACUACAUUAGAAAUUUCUGCUAUUUGACUGGCAUAGAGUGGUUGUAUUUCAGCUUAACUUGAAAUACCUACAAGUGAAAAUUACAAACCUUUUGCAGGUAGUAGUUUAAACAAAUGAUAGCAUGAUUUGUACGUGAUAUUUGGCAUAAAUACCACUCCUGACAUUUCAAAAUUGUCUCAAAUUUCACUUGUGUAACAUUCUAGAAGUAUCACUGGUGGUAUUUAUGCCAAAUAUCACUACAAAUCAUGCUAUUACCUAUACUAAUUGAAUAACAUGGAACAAGGUGUUACUGAGAGCAUUGUGCAUGUUACAUGUAUUUCCAUAUAGUUGUAUUAUAUUAAAUUAUCAUUUUCAUUUGUUUGUUUUUUAUUGUCCAGGUUGCAGGAACGCUUUGUUACUCCUUCUUCCUCUGGUGGAAUUUACCCUUCCCCAAGUUUUUCAAAUGUGCAGGAAUUCUUCAAAGGAUUCAUACAGUCAGCAUCAUGGUAUUCUGUGUAUUCAAGAAUAAUAAUUAUAUUACAGACAAUUAGAUUCGAGAAAGAGAACUACUGCCAGGACAAGAUAUAACAAAAGGUUUUUUCACAUCAUGUCAAAAAAUGUAUAGUGCGAAAAGCUCCAAAAUACAUUUUUUCACGAGAAAAGUUUGCACAGUUACUUGUAUUAAAGGACGUUAAUCCCUCGCACUAUUGCAAAAAUGGUGAAACUCCUAGCAUGUAAUAACUUCUCUACAAACUUCAUGUCACCUUCAUGUCACACAAGACACCCUAGUAACUUAAGUAACAGUAACAUAAGUCAUCCCAGUCACCCAAGUCACCCAAGUCACCCUAGUCAACCAAGCCACCCAAAUCACCCAAGCCAUCCUAGUUGCCCAUGACACCCCAGUCACCCAAGUGACCCUAGUCACUGGAGUCACCCUAGUCCUCCUAGUCACCAAGGUUACCCAGGUCACCCUAGUCACCCAAGUCACCCAAGUCACCCAAGUCACCCUGGUCCUCCUAGCCACCCAAGUCACCCUAGUCACCCUAGACACCUAGGUCACCCAAGUCACCCUAUAUUCACCCAAGACAACAUAGUCACCCUUGUUACCCAAAACACCCUAGUCACCCUUGUCACGCAAGUCACCCUGGUCACCUUAGUCAUCCUUGUCACCCCAGUCACCCAAAUCACCCAAGACACCCAAGACACCCAAGUCACCCUUGUCACCCCAGUCACCUUAGUCACCCAAGUCACCCUAGUCACCCAAGUCACCCUAGUCACCCUACACACCCUAAUCAUCCUUGUCACCUUAGUCACCCAAGUCACACUAGUUACUCUUCUCACCCUAGUCACCCAAGUCACCCUAAUCACCCUUGUCACCCUAGUCACCUACAUCACCCUAGUCACCCUUCUCACCCUAGACAUCCUUGUCACUCAAGUCACCCUAAUUGCAGAAGUCACCCUAGUAACCCUACUUACCCUUGUCAUCCAAGUCACUCUGUCACCCAAGUCACCCAUGUCACCCUAGUCACCCACAAGGGUGACUAGGGUGACUUGGAUGAAAAGGGUAACUAGGGUGAUUUGGGUUACUAGGGUGACUUGGGUGACGAGGGUGACUUGGGGGACUAGGGUGACUAGGGUGACUUGGGUGACUUGGAUGAAAAGGGUGACUAGGGUGAUUUGGGUUACGAGGGUGACUUGGGUGACUAGGGUGACUGGGUGACUUGGGGGACUAGGGUGACGAGGGUGACUUGGGGGACUAGGGUGACUUGAGUGACAAGGGUGACUAAGGUGACUAGGAUGGCUUGAAUAACUAGGGUGACUUGGGUGACUUAGGUGACUAGACUGACGAGGGUGACUUAAGGGACAAGGGUGACCUGGGUGACUAGAGUGACUUGGGUGACUAGGGUGACAAGGGUGACUUGGGUGACUAGGGUUAGAAGGGUGACUUGGGUGACUAGGGUGAUUAGGGUAACUUGGGUGACAAAGGUGACUAGGGUGAUUAGGGUGACUUCGGUGACUAAAGUGACUUGGUUGACUUGGGUAACUAGGGUGACUUGGGUUAGUAGGGUAAAUAGGGUGACUAGGGUGACUUGGGUGACAUGGAUGACUAUGGUGACUAGGGUGACUUUGUUAACUAGGGUGACUUGGAUGACUAGGGUGACUAGGGUGUCUUGGAUGACUAGGGUGACUUUGUUAACUAGGGUGACUUGGAUGACUUGGAUGACUUGCCUGACUAGGGUGAUAAGAGUCACUUGGGUGACUAGAGUGACUAGGGUGACUUGGGUGACUAUAGUAACUUAGGUGACUUGGGUGACUAGGGUGACUUGGGUGACUUAGGUGACAUGGGUAGCAAAGGUGACUUGGUUGUUUAGGGUUUCUAGGGUGACUUGGAUGACUAGGGUGACUUGGGUGAUAUGGGUGACUUGCGUGACUAGGCUGACUAAGGUGACUAUGGUGACUUGGGUGACUAUGGUGACAAGGGUGACUAGCUGUGUUGGGUGACUAGAGUGACUGGGGUCAUUAGGGUGACUUGGGUGACCAGGGUGACUUGGGUAACUAAGGUGACUAGGGUGUCUUGGUUGACUUAGGUGACUAGGGUGACAAGGGUAACUUGGGUGACAAGGAUGACAGACAUCUAACAUCAGAUGUCAAACAUGUAACAUCAGACAUCUGACAACAGAUGUGUGAUGUCAGAUGUCUGUCAUCAGACGUCUGAUGUUAGAUGUCUGUCAUCAGAUGUCUGAUGUAAGAUGUCUGUCAUCAGACGUCUGAUGUCAGAUAUCUAACAUCAGGCAUCUUAUGUCAGACGUCUGAUGACAGAUGUCUAACAUCAGAAGUCUCGCAUCAGACGUGCGAUGUCUAAUAUCAGACGUCUGAUGUCCGAUGUCUGAUACCAGAUGUCUGAUGUUAGACUGAUGUAUGUCAUCAGAGGUCUGAUGUUUGAUAUCUGUCAUCAGACGUCUGAUGUUAGAUAUCUCAUAUCAGAUGUCUGUCAUCAGACGUCUGAUGUCCGGUGUCUGUCAUCAGAUGUCUGAGGUCCGAUGUCUAAUAUCAGAAGUCUGAUGUCUGAUGUCUGAUUUCAGAUGUCUGAUGUUAGAUGUCUGUCAACCGACAUCUGAUAACAGAUGUCAUCAGACGUCUGAUGGUAGAUGUCUCAUAUCAGAUGUCUGAUGACAGACAUCUAACAUCAGACGUCUGAUGUCCCAUGUCUGAUACCAGACAUCUGCUGUUAGAUGUCUGUCAUCAGACGUCUGAUGUUAGGUGUCUGUCAUCAUACGUCUGAUAUGAGACCACCGACUUCAAUGUCUGAUAUUAGGCAUCUGUUAUCAGACGUCUGAUGACAGACAUCUGGCAUCAGACGUCUGAUAUCAGACAUCGGACAUCAGACUUCGAAUGACAUACAUCUAACAUGAGACGUCUGAUAUCCGACUUCGGACGUCUGAUGUCAGAGGUCUGAUAUGAGACGUCUGAUGUCUGAUGUCUGUCGUCAGAUGUCUGAUGUUAGAUGUCUGUCAUCAGACGUCUGACGUUAGACUUUUAACAUCAGAGGUCUGAUGUCCGAUGUCUAAUAUCAGACGUCUGAUGUUAGAUGAGGGUUUUUUAGAUGACUAGGGUGACUUGGGUGACUUGGAUGAUAGGGGUGACUUUGUUAACUAGGGUGACUUGGGUGACUACGGUGACUUAGGUGACUUGCUUGACUAGGGUGCCUUGGGUGACUAGGGUUACUAGGGUGACUUCGGUUACUAGGGUGGCUUGGGUGACUAGAGUGAUUAGGGUGACUUGGGUGACUAGGGUGACUUGGGUGACUAGGGUGACUUGGGUGACUAGAGUGACUUAAGUGACCAGGUUGACUAGGGCAACCUGUUUGACUAGGGUGACUUGCAUGACUAUGUGACUAUGGUGACCAGGGUGACUCAGGUGACUAGGGUGACUAGGCUGACUAAGGUUGCUAUAGUUACUUGGGUGACGUGGGUGUUGAGGGUGACUAGGGUUUCUUGUUUGACUUGGUUGACUAAGGUGACUUGGAUGACUGCAGACUUGGGUGACUAGUGUGACUAGUAUCCCUUGUCACCGUGGAAAUCUUAGUUAUUUCAGUCGUCUUAGUCACUUAAGUUACAAGGAAAAACAUAGAAUGGGAUGAUGGGAUUGUUUUAGGAGUGAGUUACUAUUCGGGUUGGUUUAGUUUAGUGAAACUUUUUAAUUGUUUUUGGUGACCAUUUAGCUUUUUGUGUGUCUGUUUUAGCUGGGUGUCCUUUAUAGCGAAGUGUUAGGGAUCUCGGCCCGGGUAUUGAACUUAACCCUGCUCUCUUUUUACCGACAGUUAUUCUUUUAAUCAACAUCUUAUGGACGUGCUUAUAGUAACGAUAACAGAGGUACAGUAAACAUUCUUCAAGGUGUUUGUUUUUGUUGUGUGUUUAAUUAUAAACAACAACAGCUUUUAGUAACUUGUAAUUCAUGUUCACAGAACAAUGAGAAAUUGUAAUGUCAGAUAUAGGUGAUGAAAGUGAAAAAAAAAAUUUCGUAUCGAACUACUCGUUUUUGUGUAGUUAAAAUGAACGAGGGGAAAGCUGGUCACGUGGUUAAAUUUUUUGUCUACCCUUAAAAUUAUAUAACGAUACAUUUCUUUACAGGUCAAUGGCAAAGUCUUUCCCUUGUCAGAUUCAGAAAAUGAAAGUGGAAACGAUUCAUCCAUUCAAAGUCAGGUCGGUUAGAUUCGUUGUUGUGUCAGAAUCUCUUUAAAUUUCUUUCUUGGUGUUAUCCUGUCCUAUCUUCUGCACAUGAUGUAACUACUUUCUCGAGACUGUAAGCUUCUGUUUGGUUUUCAAAAUUACUCUUCUAAGGUGCUCUCUGUCCGUCCUUUCCGAUUGUGGUUUGUAGUUAUAAUCUUAAUGUAGGAAAAACAUUAAAAUGGAAGUUGGCAAGUCGACGUUGCAUUUGUUUUAAUAAUAUUACUAUAAUGAGAUGACAAAAAUAACGAACAAACAAUAAUAAGGGCAACGACGAUAACAACAAAAAACAUCUUAUGAUUAAAACAACAACUCUACUUAUGCCCAUCACAUUUAACGGUAGACUCAAGUCUUUCUACCCUCUGUACAAUGACCACAUAAAAUUACCCGAGGACUUUUGGCAAUACGCAGAACGACACGACACAGAAUUUGGAACUGGACUCUAAGAAUUCAGCUGCAUGAGAAUUUGCCUACAUUUACAAAGUUGAGUGAAUGAGAAUAAUUGGCAUAAUGUCUUGCCUAAGAGCACGCAAAUUUACUUUUCUCUGUGGAAUUGGGGGACGUGAACAUACAACGACAAAUCCUUUUGUAACUGGGAUCUCUACCUAUUUAUUUACUGGUUUGCAGGUGACCUCACGGCGUCUAGUUUGGUGGUCAAGAACAAAAGCAUUUCUCUCCUCCGAGAAUUAAAACUCAUUUUCAUGUAAAUUCUUUGGAAAAAGUUUUAUUGUAUUGACCACCAACAAAACUGCCUGGACACGUGGUUGCCAACCCAAGAAUUAAUUCUGUGAUAAAAUUUUAAAAAACGCAAUUUCACGUUACUUAUUUAGUACCGUCGUUGUUGAAUUCGAACGUGCAUUUUGGCUCUAACUUUUAAAUCCUUGGACGAUCUUAUUCAUAAGAAUCUGUUCUGCGAAUUUUUGUGAAUAUUUCAAACUUACUGUUCUUAGGAAUUAAAGCAAGAGUUUACCUGCUGUUUAAUGAAGAUCAGAAUCUUAGCCAAGUUUCUUGGUUUCCUGUUAUUCCAGCCAUAUUACGGCACUGAAACCACUUCACAAGUAGUUGUCGCUGAAACACUCAAAAUACGAAACAAGGUAAGAAAGUAAUCUAAUCUGUUGAUGACUAAAAUGAAGUGUUUUUGUUAAUGUUUAGUUAAGGUAAAAAAACCACUGCAAAAACCGUAUACGAUCAAUCUUGCUCAACGUCGGAUCCAAAACGAUCGUGAUCAGUCAAAAUAGAUCAAAUUGAAAACGUUAUAGUCAAGAAGACUUUUGGAGGGAGUGGUCGAACAAAGUGAAAUAGAGUUAAGUUGCGAUAUUUUUGUUUUUUAAAUGUUGUUUCCUUGAUAGCAAACGUGCCCUUAGCAGUAUCACUCGAAUAGUUUCCAACUCACUGUGACUGCAAUUUCCCCGAGCCGAAGACCUAAGACCUGAUUCUUAGUAAAAUCCUUAAAUAACAAUGACCGAGACUAGGUUUUAUGAGCCCGCGAGACUGAGCACCUCACCCAAACCUUGGUUUUCACUAAAAACCGCUGGACGCCAACCUGGUUAAGGUCAUUGUUAUCUAAGGUCUUCCGAUCCUGAGAAGUAAUCAACACCAGUAAUUGCGUUCAUAUUUUUCUUCUUGUUUCAGAUUCCCGUUUACUUUGAUGUUCUUAGCUAUCUCAAGAAAGCAUCUUGCCAUGGGAGACUGGUGCUUACCGUUCCAUGGGCUGUAGAGUAUCUCAGUAUGAUGGACCCUCUGGCUCCUCUGUUGGACUACUUCUCUAUGGUCCUUCGUUGGCUCAGUAGGAAAUACAGGUGAAUACGCUUUCCCGGUGGUGUUUUUGGUUUCUUUGUUGCCGUCGUUUUUUAUGUGUCUGUCGAAAGAAAAAUAGUCCUCUACAUUUCAAGAGGAAGGUUGCUUUUACAACCUUUUAUUUCGAGAAAAUUACCUUAACUUGCUCAAAAGUAAUCGUUGAAAAAUGCUUUAGUUUUAAUGAACGCGAGAAAAUUAUAUUAACUUUAUGUUAUUGUAUAACUAUUUAGUAUAAUUAAAAAUCUUGUUUUAGAGAGUUAGCUGAAUGUUCCCUGCAAGAAUUGAAUCACAGCAAGUUACUUCUUGUAUCUUGUCUUGGAUGGCUUUUUGAGGUGAGUAGAGAACAUUGAAAUGUGACCCCUGUUCAGUUCUGAUUAGAUAGCCUCCGUCGCAGACGUAAUCAAACCCAGGUUAGUAACGUCUGAGAAACAGCGCCAGAGUCCUUGUUUUAGGCCCCCACCUUUGUACCAGGAUUUGAGUACGCGCCAUGAUUGGCCUGUUAAAGAAGCCAUUGUUGAUUUGCCAAUCAGGUUGGAAGGAAAUUCGAAACACACUUCCGGUAAUCAUUGAGUCCGUUGAAGGCCAAGAACAACGACCUCAGCGCUACAGUUGUCUCUUUCGUAAACGGUUGAUGUCAUUUUUGAGACACUUGGGAAAUCUUUGGCCUGUGAGUUGAAGAGUUUCUAUCAAAAAGAAAGAAAAUCUCAACCAAGGGUCGAACCUGGACCUCGAACCCGGACGUUUCGUAUCCAAAUCUCUUUCCCUUACCACUACAUUGCCACAGCGACCCAGCAAAAUUCCGAAAAAAAAAAAUAAGUACAUACACUAGCAGACUGUUUUUCUUAAACACUGCAUCAAUAACAGGUGACCCUACCCCUUUCCAUAAUUUUUAACGUCAAUUCAACUUGGGCUUCUACUUCGUUCUUUCUAAGACUAUUCAAAAACGUAUUAUUUGCCUUAUUAUAACUUAAUCAAGGGAAUAUAUUACAUCCACAUGACCAAAGGCUUGGUUACCAAUGGUGGCAACGACCGUUUGCCAAAGGGAAAUAGGCCUCGGCGCUGCUUCGUAGACGUUACUAACCGGGGUUUGAUUCCGUCUGCGACACAGGCUAUGAUUGGACUAUGUAAUAAAAAAAUCCCAAUUCGAUUAUUAUCACCACACUCACUGGCUCUAGUUAACAUUGCUGAUCCUAGCAGUGCAGUAAACGCGAAUCUUUGCGGACUUCAAAGCCAGGUAGCCGCGUAACCGCGUAGCCACCUCCCCGUAGAGCUUCGUUGCCUAUAGGCACAUAGCCGUGUAGCCAUGUAAUCAAGGAGCCCCGAAGCGGCGUAUUUACGUUGCUGCUUAGCCACUAGCCAUGGUGCUUCAUGUCCGCAAAAUCUCGCAACCACGUAGCUGCUUAGCCCUGUGGCCAGUUAGCCAUCCAGCAGUGUAGGUGUUGUGGUUCAAUUUUAUCCUUGGCUUAAAUAGUAUUUUCUUUUGUUUCAAACUCAUUAUCAUACAUUACCAUACCCCGAAACAAAGAAAAUAAAAUUUAAACCAGGGAUAAAAUAAUUGAACCACAACAUAGGCACGUAGCCAUGUAGCUUUGUUUUACGGGUACAGUCUUGGAUUAUCAAUUGUUUUAGGUCCAACUGGCAUCGAACUACAUUACUUAUUUUUAUGUGGUUAAAAUGAACAAUAAAUGCUAAGUUAAUGGAAAGCUGUUGGCGUGGUACAAAUUUCCAUUUGCGCUAAACGACUUUUUCAGCUUUUGUUAAAUUUUUAGAUUCCAGUUAUUCCUGCGCCCUUCUUCUUUAAAAGCCUAGCAGAGGAAACCGUAUCAGCUGACUGUGAACUUCCGUUGAGGAAUUCUGGAUCAAAAAUCACUUUGGUAUGCGGAAUAAGUCUAUAGAAUAUUAUCUUUAGGCCCUUUUAUAUGGAAAAAAGUUGUCCAGUGUAGAAGAGACACUUGCCUACGCGAGCUUCCUUGGGCGAGCUAACUUUUCAUACAUUUUCUUUCAAAACGUGGAGAAUCGUUUUGUGAUGGUAGAGUCACCCUUCAAGCUGAGCUAACCUUUCUUCUUAUAAUCACUUUGGCUCGCUCUGGAUCAACUCGGUCAAAGUACGUGAGACAAUCAGAGCGUACGCGAACGCUUUUGGCUCGGGCAAAGGGAACAUUUUUUUCUCAAAAAUGUUCCUAAAGUUGACUCGCCUGGGAGGUUAAUCCUUCUACGGGGUACAGGAUAGGGCUUUAGCGCAAAUAACAGUUAAUUGCAAGAAAAAGUAGAGACUUCGUAUCGUGGAAACUCUGUAAACACAGUAGAAGAUAUAAAAAGGUGUUUCAGCUCUUCGGGUGAUCUUUCGUACUCGUAGUUAUCCUAGCAUGUUGUAGUAAUUCCUUCAAGUUUUUUAAGUUGCUCUGCUAGGGGACAAUGCUGAGAGCAGAGUCUUGUAAAUGAUUCAGAAGGCUCUGUUGUACCCACCCACGUUUGCUGUAUUAACCUACUUGCCUCUUGUGAAAUGAAACUUUGUUAGGACAUGGUUUCCCUCUGUCUAUACAUGCAACAGAGUGUUAACAGAGUGUCCUUCCUCCUCAUAAUUAUAGGGAGAGAGCUUAAGCGCAGGCCUCAAUUUUCUGUAGCCACCAAGCUCCCAGAAACCAUCAUUUUAAUUGGCUUUUGAAAUCAUUCUUGCCAUUUGCCAUUUUAGAAACAUGAAGGAAACUUGGCCGAGUGAACUUUCGCAAAGACUUCUGGGAUCGUCACUGGUGACGCCAUUUUAAGUCAAUGUUUUCCCCCUUUUCCCAGUAACAGUUUCCUUUUGUUUGGGUCAUUUGUGUGUUUUCUUGAUAGCUUAUUUAACAACUCGUCCUGACAACUUUAUGUUCUCCCCUGAAGCUGUCUGAGUGAAUAUCUCAUGACAGACGUUAUGAGCUUUACUAACUACUACUUAGUACUGAAUACGACCUGUCAAUGAUCAAAAAGUCAUAGAAAAAGAUUUCAUUUAUAUUUCCAAACCUUUAUUUUUCUCUUCAUGUAUUAUUUUUGAAUGGUUUUAAGAAGGUUGGAUAUGUUGUGGUUUGAGUUUAUAGUUAUAUAUUUUUUUGGUUUCAAGGUCAUUUUCAUACAUUGCCAUACGUAAAUUAUUAAACUACAACAGAUACUAUGUAGUUAAAUCUUUUUCAAGGAUAAAAUCUCAAAUUUGGAGCCACUAUCUUACUAUCUUUUGCUUAGGGCUCGUGACCUAAUCCCUUGUCUGCUUUGCUUGUUUCUUCCUUUACCCUGCAGGAUUCAAGUGGGCUGGUGGAUCAAACUAGUCUGUAUUCUUGUUGUCCGUAUCUUGGUAUGCAUUUUUUUUGUUAUUUACAAUCAUUUUAAUUCCAAAAGUAAUUACCUACAGAAAGCAGUCUUGCCUCUGAGACUCAUUCAUCAUCACUUUGUUCAGCAAAGUGUUGGAUUAUGUGAAAGACAUGGUAGAGCAUGCGCAGGAAACGACCGAAGUUAUGACAGGGUUCGCACAGAGUGUUGAAGUUUGCAAACCCGUUUUUCCUCCAGAGCUGGAAAAUAGAGAUAAAGAUAAAGUUCUGGCGCCGGUUGUGUAAACGUUGGAUAGCGCUAUCCACCUGAUAAUUCACUAUCCAGUGGAUAAGUAUUUGGGAAACCAAUUGCGUUAUACACUGGAUAGAUUUUUAUCCGGUGGAUAGCGCUAUCCAACGUUUGAACAACCAGGCCUGGAGGUCUUAUUUUUCACUUAAAAUCUUGUAUUAAAUAUUAUUUAACCUCACCUGUAACCAAACCGUUUAGCCGCGUAAUGAAAAGUUUCAGAACUCUCUUAAGUCCGCUUUGCAGUGUGAUAACUUUACUUAAUCAGCGCGUCAUGGGAAGAGCGUGGAUCCUGCUCUUUUAAGGUUCCUGUCGAUCGCUUAUUUGAGUCCAGGAAAAGAACUAUUGUUUUGAAAAACGUCUCGAAUUUUGCUUUCAAAAAUCUGCACAAACCCUUUUGUCAGGUUAGUGAAUAAGAGUGUUGGCUCAUCAGCAUCCUCGGAGACCCAGGGGCAGUCAGUCGGGUCGGGAGAACUCACGAAAAGAACUCAGGAGAAACUGUUCGCCGAUUGGGCACAAUAAUACAAAGCAUUUUUUGUGCCCAAUCAGGAGCCGGCAUCCGCUUGAAUUUUUUGGAAAUAGUUCGGUGAGAGUCGGUACCCAGGGGCUCUUUUGUCCAUACUUGAAAACUUUCGUCCCGCCUUUUCUCCCAACCCGACUGACUGCCCCUGGGUCUCCGAGGAAGAUACAUCAGGUGAUACAUACUGGUCACUAAUUCCAUGCAUUUUUUUGUUUGAUUUCAUUUAUGAUAAGGAGAAACGUAAGGGUGGGGGUGGAUUAAGAUGUUCCCGAGAGUAGCGAUUCCUUUACCUACCUUCACGUGUAGAAUUCUCCGCACUAGUUUAAAUUGCUCUCCAGUUUCACAAAACUAUUUUUCGGUAUGUUCCAAAAGGUUUCCUAAAACAAUGAGAUUAUGAUGAAGUAUCCGAAAAGAGAGUCAGGGAAAGCUUGGUUCUUGAAAAAUUGUCGAUCGUUAGACGUGAGUUGAUGUCGUUUGAACGGUCUGACGUAAUAUAUAUGUUUUUUUCGCUUUUGACACUCGCCCCAAAUCGAAAAGUUAGGGUUACAUGUUGUGGCCUGUUUGACUAUCAUGUUACGUUUUUUUAACAGGUGAAAUUAGAUCCGUUCUUGUGGAAGCAGCUGCCGGAUUGUCUGGCAGAACAGGUAGCUUAUUUUUUGUGUCAUAAAAUAGUUUUGGUUGUCCGUUUACAAGCAUUAGUAAAAAAUUAAUGUCACCUUUCACUAAAGGCCGAUACACACGAGGGGUUUUGCUCCCGGAGCAUGCUACAGGGGCUGAAGCAUGCUCCUGGAGCAAAGCUCCUCCUUGUGUACCAACGAUUCCAUGGGUAUACAUCAUCCUCGGGAGCAAAAUUGCCACCCCGCAAAAUGCUUCACGAUAUUUAACCAGUUAAAUAUUUGGGAGCAAGAUCCCGGGGCAAAUUGAGCGAACUUGAAAACGCUCCCUCAUGUGUACUGACACUUUUUGUUGCGCGUGGAUUAAUACGGCAAACGUAAAACAUUAACCAAUCAAAUUAGCUAAUAUUUUCAUCCACAAUUCCUUUAGAACAAAUGACUCGUGCUCAAAAUUCAACAUGGCGUCGACUGAAAGUGUAGAAGUUGAUGAGCUCCAAUUUUGCGUAUGGAGUUCUCAUGUAUUCACAAAAUCCGUCUGAAUCUUCCUCGGACAGUUGUCGAAAAUAGUAUAAAAAGCCCCUUUCUCCUGUCUUCUCAGAAGCCACAGGCGAGCCCAUUUUUUCCUGGCAACCUUUUUACUAACUAAUGACUCAUCUUCAAGCAUCAUCAUCAUCAUCAAAAGAAUCAACCUUUUCUGUUUUGAUCUGGACCACAAGGAGGUCGCCAUGCUUAGUUUUGAACUAGUUCCCAAACCCUCAUCUGGUGAAUAUCAGCUAUCCCACACCAAGUUUCUUUCAUUUGCGCCCUCGUGUGUACCAUAACACGGAGCAAGCUCCCGCAGUAUGAACCCUCGUGUGAACUGGCCUUGCAAAAUGAGCCUGGAGCAUGCUCCGGGAGAAAAACCCCUCGUGUGUAUCGGCCUUAAAUGUCGCAUGCGCAAAGUAUGCAGAUGCUUAAGUUUAAGGAGAAAUGAUAAUGCACCACUAUUUGUUUAUACCAAGUGUGGUUUUGUUAUUUUUCUAGGCCCAGUAAAAAAGAUCACACCAGUUUCUGCAGGUGAACCCACCAGGAUUUCUUCAUCGCACAAACAACUGCAAGUAAGUUGAAAAUAACAACAUUCGCACAAUUAUUGAUGCCUGAUCAAACAUCGUAAGGAUGUUGCUAAAUGCUGCUCUAAAAAUUGCGUAAUUUGAUCUGAAUGGUGUGGUAAAUUAGAUGCGUUUUGGCUGUGCGGUAGCAAAAAGGAAAACCCGCGGACUUUGUAGAAGAAAGAAACGUAGAACAAUCGUGCUUAAAGUGAGUAUUCAUCAGAAAAAGAUAACAAACACACAUAGAAACACGUGAAGGUACUGUGGAAGAUUCGUAUGGUCAGUCACACUGUGGUAUGUCUGACACAGACUAAACAAACCUGCUGAUGAGGUUUUAUUUGAGGGGUUUUACCAUAGAAUCUUGUCCAUUGAGUCAAAAAUUAGGCCCUGUCUAUAUGGAAAAAACUUGUCCCGCCGAGCUUCCCUGGAUGAGCCACCUUUUUCUACAUUCCUUACAAACUUGGCGAACCGUUUACUUGAAGAAAAAAGUUGGCUCGCCUAAAAGCUGACCCGCUUAGCUGGGUCACCCUUUUUCGAUGGUAGGGUCACCCUCCUAAUCGUGUCAACUUUUCUCCUUAUCAACACUGUAGCUCGGCCUGCCGAGUCAACUCGGUCAAGGUGAAGCAAUAGAGAAUUCGCGAGCUUUUGGCUCGGGCAAAGUUGUCAAUUGUAUUUCUCUUAUAAACGCUCGCCAAAGUUGACUCGGCUAAGGGAGGGGAGCCUCUUUCCCUGGACAGCUUUUUCCGAUAUAAAUGGGGCCUAAAAAUAUCUAUCGAAUGCUUCAAUAAUUGACUUCAGUGGUAAUUUUGUUUGCUGGCCUCUCCCUACAGCUUCAACUGGAAGAGAACUUCUUCAGAAUGCAACCUGAUUUCGUGAAAAGGCUGUCUGACUUCACAGUAGAAAGGCAAGAUUAAAAGUAUUCUUUGAAUGCGAUUAUUGAUCGAUUAACACUAAUUUAACUAACAAACAGACGACGAUAACACCUGCCACAACGUUCUUAUUACCUUAUUGUACACGACCUUUACUGUAAACAGAUCGAUACCCAGUUAUGGAGAGUAGGGCACCAUUACGAUUUACUGUUACUGUUCUUGCUACUGCUGGUCAGUCACUUUGGCUUAACCAUCUAACAAUGCGGUCGGAAAAAAAUGCCUUUAAACAUAAGAAAAAGAAACCGGGAUUAAAAUUUAACCCUGGGUUAGCGCUAAUCGGCCUUCGAACACUGAAAUAGGCCCUGAUUUACACCUGAAGUCUUUUUAUGGGAGAAAUCCCUAAGAUCCCCGACGGUUUCUGAAGACGGUACCCCGAGCUGGAGACCACCAAAGAUACGAAAAUUUCUGCAUGCGAUCCGAAGCAUUAGGAAAACUACUCUGAUGGGGGAAUGAAUGCCAACAACACUAAAUCCUUGUCGGUUUAAUGACCGAACCAACAUAGACGCUCACAAACUAGUCUGUUAAUUAUGAGGAGGUAAAUCAAUCUCAAAACACAGAUAUUAAACCCAGUUGAAACCGGAAUUUUUAUUUGUCUCAAUCAGAUUGUGCAGCAACAUAAUGUCGUCCUUAAAAGGCAGCGUCGUUCCAUCUCUGAUCGAAGCAGGAGUCCAGAGAAUUCAACAAUUCAUGAAUAGUGAAUUAUCAAGCAAUGGCAACACUGAUCAGGCGAAGGUUAGUUGGACAUAUUACAUUUCACCAAAAUUUCCAACCAAAGGUAUUCUUUAUCAGCCCUUCGGUUAAAUAAGCCACUUGUUUUUGUUAUGGUGGACUGCGUAAUGGGGUUUGCCACACCUUUUUUAUAACUAAGCUUUUAAUUAGCAAGAAAAAGAAAGCCUUCGUUCAGAAAAGCAGAAACAGCAGUUCGACCGCUAUCGAAUUAUCAGGCAGCAACAACAAAUAGGCGGCAGCUGACGAUUAUAUCAUUGUGAGCAUGUGCAAAUGAUCGCGUACGUAAAUGAUCAUGUUCAGGGGUUCCUACAUUCAAAGGGUCCUUUACCUAAGAACCGCUAGAUGUUAAAACUCCUGAAUAGAGAACACCUGGAUGUAUGAACACCCCAUCGCAAGAACCCCUAAAGGUAGCAACUAAGAAACGUAACAACCCCUGAACGUAAGAACCCUGAACAUAAGAAAACCCCGAAAGUAAGAACCAUUGGAAAAGAGCCCCUGGAUAUAAAAACCCCUGAAGGUAAGAAACCCCGCAUGUAAAAACGUCUGAGCGUAAGACCCUAAAACGUAAGAACCCCUGGAUAUAAGAAAACCUCAACGUUGGAAUCCCUGGAUGUAAGACCUCUGGUCGUAAGACCCGUGAUCGUACGAUUCCUCAACGUAAGACCCCUGGAUGUAAGACUUCUGGAUGCAAAACCCCUGGUCGUAAGUCCUCUGGAUGUAAGAGCCUUGAGAGUCAGAUCCCUCGAUGUGAGACCCCUGGAUGUAAGACCCCUUGAUGCAAAACCCCUGGUCGUAAAUCCCCUGGAUGUAAGAGCCCUGAACGUCAGAUCCCUUGAUGUGAGACCCCUGGCUGUAAGACCCCUUGUUGUAAGAAGCCUUGAUGGAAGAGCCCUGGUCGUAAGUGCCUGGACUUAAGAACCUUGAACGUCAGAUUUCUCGAUGACCCCAGAACGUAAGAGCCCUGGGCCCAGUUGUUCGAAGGCCGAUUAGCGCUUAAUCCGGGGUUAAAUUUAACCCGGAUUUCUUUUUCUUGUGUUCAAAAGCAUUUUCUCUGUUACUUUUAGAGCUUCUAAUCAUCAACGUGUAGACAAAAAGAAUUAAAACUGAAAUGCUUUUUAAGCUUUCAAAUCUGAAUUCAAAUCUCGCACUAACCCUGGGUUAUCUUAACCCGGCUUUGAACAACUCGGCCCUGGAGGUAAGACCUUUGAGCGUAAUAACCCUGAUCGUAAGAUUCCUGAAAGUAAGACCUGGUUGUAAGACCCCGUGUCGUAAGACUUCUUGUUCUAAGACCCCUGGUCAUACGAACCCUGAUCGUAAGCCCCUUGAAUGUAAUAUCCUGGUCAUAAGACCCCUGGAUGUAAUACUCCUUGAUGAAAGACCCCUGGACCAAAGACCCCUGGAUGUAACAACGGAUGUAAGAACCCCUGGAUAUCAGAACCCCUUAAUGUAAGAACCCCUGGAUUUACGAACCCCGGAGUGUAAGAAUUCAGGAACAUAUGAACCCCUGAACGUAUGAACUCUUGGACGUAAGAACCUCUGAACGUAAGAACGCCGGAACGUAAGAACCCCUGGAUGUAAUUCCCCUGAACGUAAGAUCUUUUUGAUGUAAAAAUCCUUGAACUUAAGAACCCCUGAAUGUAAGAAUUCCUAAACGUAAGAACCUUAGCAUGCAAGGACCCCUGAACGUAAAUAAGAACAUCUGAUUGUAAGACCCCUUUGUAACACCCCUUGAACUUAAGAACUCCUGAACGUAAGUUGUGCAGUGUGCACACUGUUAGCCAAAAUAUGCACUAAACAGUAUUCAUGUAUGAAUAGCCCAAAGCACUUGAGUUUACAUGCGUUAUAAAGGUUUUGGAGUGGGAGGAAUAGCACCGUAGACAAAUGCAAAGGGUGCUUAUUAGGCUGAUUUAGCAACAGGACGGGAACGUCAUUUGACGACGGGUAAGCGCGCGGAAAGGACUAAAUUCGACUUCCGGUACCCAAUUUGCCGCUCUGUCAUUGGUCAAUCCAGUUGUUUGAUUUGCGCGCGCAGUCGUCAACAGACGUUCCCCGUUCUAUUGCUAAAUCAGCCUAUUAUAAGGUCAGAACUGCCCGGUGAGCCCAUGGUCAGACCUGUCCAGUCAUUAAGAGAAUUGCAUUGUUGAUCAGGACUGCCCUUGCACCUUGGACUAUUCAUUCGCAUUGUGCAUAUUUUUUGUCUUAUAGGAAAAGUGCCGACCUCAAGUUCUGAAGAUAAUUCAUUCUGUAACAGAUAAUGGGGUGAAGAAGGCCAUGGAGAUAGUCGAGUUAGUACGACCUUUAGUGAAACAGCCUUUCACACUUCUAUUACAGAUUUGUUCAGAUUACUUAUUAGAUCGCUUAUCUAAUGAUGUGCUUUACUUUGACCUGUGUUUAGCAUAAUACCUUAGGUCUGUGCGCGCUCGAUCAUUAAUUUUAAGAAGGCUUAGGAGCGAAGGCAUUAUCCGAUUCAACGCACCUUUCCAUUGUUAGAACACCAGGCCGCUAUUGUGGCCACUGAAGUGGAACAGUAGGUUAUUAUUCUUAAUAAUGGCCUCUUGUUCUACUUCUAUCAGUGACCUUAUCUUCCAUUCUCCCCCCCCACCUCCCCCCCUGCAUUGCUUGGCUCUCGUUCCAUUUUUCGCGCGGCCAAAACCGAAAAUCCCGUUCCUCGUCGUUCUUCGGUAUUUCUUUGCUCUGAAACCACACGGAAACGCUUGCUACGCAGGCUACUUAGGGCACGUUUCAUUUGUUCCUUAGAACUGGCCAGCCAGACGGGUCCAGAUUUAAAGAGAUCCCAUUAUUAAACACGACUAUUCAUCCAGAUAAGUCUAUUUACAAAUGUCAUGACCAGCAGUGGUCGGUUUUAGGUAAGGUUCAAGAAAAAACGUCUACAUCAUUUUUCAAAUGACCAGUGCGGCCGGCUAGUUGUGAGCUUUAGAAAGCGCCCUUAGUUUAAGCGUUAAUGCAAACCCUUGAUAUAAAGAAAAAUGUCUCCCAAACUCGCCACCUGUUUUAACAUUACAGAUGGGCCCUUACGGUUGCAGUAUACGGUCACAUUGUACGAAAAAAACACCUUGCUGUAUGGCAAACGACGCAGAGGGGUAAGAAAAACAAAGAGAUUACCUUGUCCAAAAGGCAAAUAUCCUUUCUUUUCAAGGUGCCACUGCUUUGUUUGCCAUCCAGCAAAGUGUUUAUUGUACCAUGUGACCACAUUUGCAAAGGGUCCAUUGACAUUGCCUUGACCUUCUGGUUUGUUUGGUUUGUUGGUUCCUUCACUCUGUUAUUCCUAACUGUGUGUGUGUGUGUCAUUGUAGGUCUUCGAAGAAGAAAUGCGUGAAUGCAUUUGAGAGCCUUUGCCCUGAGGAAAUGGACCCUAAGGUAAGACUGUAGGCGCUAAAAUCCCAAGGCUGUGCUCUAAAGAAAAUUGAAGGGAGCCCAGUCCUCUGAAACUGUAACUUAUAUCGGUUAAUUUCUUCGCAUGUCGGCUGCCUCAGAAAAAGUAAACUCACGCUACGCGAUUGGUCCUCAUUUUUAAGAAUGCCUGGGAGAUCAGGUGUUAUCCUUUAUAGAAGGAAAUUAUUAGCAUUUGCUGCACACAUUUUGUAAGGUAUUUGUUAUUCCGCUACAUUCCACGUCUCGAGAAUAGCAAUAGUUUCUGUACCAGUUGAUUAACUGGCUCCAUAUGGUUCUUUGGAGGAACUAUUAGCGCGUUCAGAUUAAAUCAUUCAAUAUUGUCGAACCUGCCAUCAAGUUCACCCACUCUCUGCUCACUGAAGAGUGAACAGAUGUUCGAUAUUCUGCAAUAUUAUCCUAAGUCAACUUCAUGCAAAAUUGAUUUAAAAAGAUAAGUACGUGUAACAUGUAACUUUUUGUAAUAUAUCAGGAGUAAAGAAACAAUGUUAUUUUCUUAAUGCUUCUCAAAUCCGACCACUUACGCUCUCUACUUCGUCCUUCCAUUUCUUACAGAACGAUGUGAUUUGGCGCCUUGCAUUACACAUGAAUCUCUUGUUGAUGUUUUUGUUGCUUACUAAAUUUGUUUUUGAAAUUUGCUGUGUCUUUAUGCUUUUAUCUCUCCUUCAUUUUGUUUUUAAAGGUAGUCAUGACAGCAGCUAAUAUCACAAAAAGACUUGUUAAAGAGAAAACUAUGGACUGGGUGAACACAACAUUUCCAAGUAAGCUGAUGGGGUGAAUUGUUAUGACUAUAAUGCUAGUCUUAAAAAAUUGUUCGGGCAAUCUUCGUUUUAAACCUUAUUUAUUUAGCUUUUUAUUUAUUCAGUUGGUGAGUGGUUUACAUAAGUUUUGAAGUCAGGCCUGUCAAUGCCUGUGGUUUCUUAGUGCUUUUAGGGAUUUCAUUCCAGUUGUUUAUAGCCUGAUUUAAACCCGUACUAGACAAGAUAAGAUACUUCGUAAAUAUAAAAAGUCAAAAUUAUACAUCGAUCGUCCUCCAAAAUAUGCACAGUUUAAAACAGUCUUCUUACCUACACGUGCAUCACUUAGACUUGGAGAGUCUACGGUAAGCUUUGAUCAUUGCCGCUGCAUGGUGAGACAAAAAGUUGAUUCUUUCAGUGAAUCGGUUAAAUUUGUUCUGAUUACCUACCUACCGCAGCGCUUAAAUAAAUUCUUUUGACUUUUUGGCACGGCGCUUACUUUAGAGCAGCUCUUAUUCAGGGGUGGUGCUUAUUUAUAUUUUCUCAUUUGCGAAUAGCCUGUACCAGGCUCUCAGGUAGUAAGGAAAAUAGGACGUGCGAGAUAGACACCGGCUUUGGAUUAAGUAUCCUAGUUAGAGCUUUUAGUUUGGUCUGUUCAAAAUUGUUUUGUUUUCGUUCUUUUAUGCACAGAUAUUAUGGAGGAAGAGCUGUUUGUUCAGUUUAACAAGAUCGCAAAUUCUAUUCUGCACUCCAAAUCCAAAGAGCAAGAGAACGUUGUUGAAGCUAGAAGUAGGGAAAACUCAGAAGUGGCGCCUGACAAGGAAUCUGAAUUAAAAGCUAAAUCUUCUCCACCAGGUGUGACUUCCGCUGAAGAUAAAAUUCCCUUUAUGAAAGUCAAAGCAUUGCAGGUAAGUAAACAGAUUUGAUUACAGUUCCCAUCGAUUAAGUCACUCGUCGAAUCCCUCAAAAACACGUUCCUCGGUUGAAUUUUUAUCCAGGCGUGCAUGUUUUCAAGACCUGUUGUUGUCGGUUCCUGAUUCUCAAUGUUCGAGAAAUUGAAAUAAUUGGAGACAAAAAUUGAGGGUUCAAAAAAUCAGGGGUAAAAUUACACGUAGAAUCUAGGCUUUAGAGCGUACAUAAUUAUCGGUCCUGAGAAAUUCACUACAACAUCAGUUGGUCGGUUAAAAACGCUUCUGUUACAUUUGGGAAAGUGUGAAUUAUGAAGUGCAUUUAGCGUUCUUUUUAAGGGGGCGGGUUACUUCAACUGGCUCAAUUGGUCAAAUAGGCGAAUUUUUCCGUUGAGUUGAAUUUUUAUUCAGCACAUCAAAGUUUUAAAAGAGAAAGAAGAAUUUGUGGUUGGGUAUUUACGUUCUCUGUAUGACGUCACAUUGGAAAGUUUCAGGUUUUAGGUUACUUUUACCAGAUAGCUUUGGGUAGCGCCAUAAAAGGCUAUUUGGUAUGGUAUGAACAGCAAGGGCUCAGGGCGGCACAAGUCGUUCACACACAUCAAACAUCGUGCCGGCUAAGUUGGCCGAGAGGGUUUGGUGCACUAAAUUCCAGUCCUCACUCCUGGAUAUUUACUUCCGUCUCAGUGGGUUCCAGCCCUCGAUCCUACUUAUUUACUUCUGCGACGGGCCGAAUAGGUGUUCACACUGCACCAAAAUAUGGCAAAAAACCUAUUCGAGAUCGGCGCGGCGCCGCUUCGCCCCGUCACAGAAGUCUCACCGCCACAACAGUUUUUAUGUGUGAACAGAAUCCCUAUCCGGUAUGAUUUUCGUGGCGGCGCAAAAGCUAGCCGGUACACGUUGUGGACAUACGCUAAGACGUGCAGUGACGGCCAAUAAAUGUACACAAAAGGCGUGAUGCACGUGCAGAAUUGUUGUUUUGGUUAUUAAACCCUUUGAGGCUCCCGUUGCCGUCGCCGUCGUGGUUGCUGAACCCUUUAAGUCCCAUUAGUGACCAACAUCAAUUUUCUCCUAACGAUAUCCAUACACUGUCAAGAGGUAUGGUUAUGAGAAUUACUAAAAUGAUCACCAAAGUGAAAAUGCCUUGAUCUUUCAUCAAAUUCUCUCAACCUAUUCUUUAAGAAAAUCUAUCAGUUUGGAGAAUUUGUAUGUGAAUAUUGGGGCUUAAGUCCUUAUCAUGAAAACAAAUACUCGAAGUUUUUUGACCAAUUUAAAUUCUCAGGUUGCGUUAUCAGAACAGAGCAAACUUCUCUCCACGCAGUCGUCAAAAGGUAUGUGAAACGUUUUCAGCCCAUUUUAGAUCCUUCUAGUGACCAGGAACUAAUCUCCUCCUUACAAAUCAAACGCAAGAUAAUGGCAUUAAGAAUUAAAAAUACUUGUGAUUGUCCAAAACAAUUGUUAAAGAUAUAAAGUUCUCUACUCGCUUUUGAAUACUUUGCAAUAAAUAAAUUGUGCCAAUUCUUUUCCAGAAAUAACUCAUGGAUUGAUUGAGGCAAUCAGUGCAGUCGAAAGCAUCGUAAAGGAUAAGGUUUGAAGGUUACUCUGUAGCACUGGCGCAUGUUAAAUAAUUUAUUUGUCGUCAAAUACUUUUGUUAGACCGUGAACAUGAUUUGUGUUUAUAACCGUUCUAUAGGCGAGAUCACAAAUGAAGGAGAUGGCGCUUAUUGGUCAAAUAACUGUGGAACUCGCAUUUAUCUUGGGUGAGUGUCUUGUUCAAGGCAAAUGUAAUAUAAAAUAAACUAAUAAUAAUAAUAAAAUUAAAGUUUUUAUUCAUAUACAUAUCAGAUGUUACAUUAAAAUGUUAAAAAGCAAGCGCAAACAAGACGCCAAAGGCGUUCACUGGGCUCCUUACACUAUACAGAAAUGUUGUAUUGUAUGACAAGUUUAUCUGAAAAGACAGUCAACCGCUUAUAAAAGUCAAAAUAAAAAAACACCACUUAACUAUCUCUAUCCAUUGGCCUCAUUCUCCUUUAGUGAGCUGUCCUUGGCGGUCUUGGGUGGGUAAUCUGUAGACAGUGAUCAUUAUAAUUAUAGGGAUAAUAACCACUUGAUUCUCCUUCAGGCAGCCCUAAUGGCGUCCUGUCAACAGUGUAUUCACAUACUUGAUUACCAUUGCAUUUUUGUUUAGUAUGUAGAACAGCACAUGGGGUCAAGCUGACGACUACGAACUGUACCAAAGACAGGUAUGAAAUUAUUGACAAGUUGGCGAAAUUGUGGACGCUGUUGAAAGGUAACUUAAUAAGAGUAAUGUUUUUCCAAGUGUAUUAUAGGAAUAUUUAGGACUCCGUCAAUUGCAAUGGUGGUCCCGUGUACAGUGGGGGACGAAAAGUAGUGUCCUCUAUCGUGCUAAUUGCACUGAGACUUAAAUAAAGCCAGAGAAGUUUUAUAGAUUGAUAGCGGAGCACCGUUGGUAAGAAAAUUUGGUUAUCCAUUCAUCCGAGAAUUUUUGAUAGUGACGUGACCGUACGCACAUCCGCCCGCCGGUCCAUCCGCACCACAGGGUAACCAAUGUAAAAUGACCUUUAUUACUUAGCCUGCGUAGUGGUAGAUAGUGAAAGUUGAUUUGUUUCACCAUCGCUACACUGCCUACACAAAAUACGUACAAAAGAGAAAUUUUUGCACAAUGACGCGCGCAUUUGGAACUGCUCUGUUGGUAUUACUAAUAUCCAAUUCGUAUCAAGCUUUCUUAAAACCUUGGAAUGGUAUUAAAUGAAGGAAAAAGAAAUUAAUUUGUUUUAUUACUUUACUCUUCUUGAAAUCCUUAAUUUUCGCCGGCAAAAAUCAGUAGGAAGUGUGUAUACACGCGUCUUGCAGCUUCCCGCCACUAGAGCCAUCAAGAGGCCCUAUACCUAAAAUUCCUGUUUGAACACAGUCUCAGUCAAAAUUCUUGGGACAGUUUGCUGUCUUCUUGCCCUCCCAAUGUUGGUGCGCAAGAUUUGGUGAGUUAACUGCAAUGAACAACAUUGUCAGGACGAGUAGACGGGCCAGAAGUGUUGGGUGGAAGUGUCCCAACUAUUUUUGACUGAGACUGUAGGUAUGAUGCUAGUGUGGGUCCUCUUUUUGGCAUGCUUGGAUGGGAUAGGGUUUCGAUUAGCCGAACAAAACAAAAGGCAGUUGUCGUGUUCAAAACGCUUAACCAGCAAAUGCCCCCUACAUCCAAGAUAUGUUCUUUGUUAGUGUUCGUGACUUUUACUACAAUAUCCGUCGCUCCGAGAACAUCUUACAUGCACCCAAACCAAGGACUGACUAUUUAAGCGAAGUUUUGGGUAUUCAGAGGCUGUCCUUUGAAAUUGACUGCCAUCCGAACUACGUAAGCUGUUAACCCUUACAAGGUUUAAAAAGGGGAAUUAACUACUUGUAUUCAUCAACGGGCACACACACGGCAACACGUAAAACAGUAUUUUAGAUUUUAAUUAUCGUUUUAUACUGAUGUUUUAACCGUGUCUUAAUAAAGUAUGUCUAUGUAUACUUCUAUGUCCGGCUAUGUAAUGUUAGUGGUUCAUUUGCGUUACAGAUAAACAUUUACCAGUACCUUUCGACAGACUGCUUUCCAUGCCUCAUGUUAACUUGGUCAUGUCGAUGGAGAAAAAACAGGUGAGAUAGGGGUACCGCCCUGGGGGAAAAGGGUUGAAAACGUUGGACGUGAAAUUCGAAGACCAAUGAUUCUUGUUGCUUACUUAAACCUCUAUUGAAAUGCAUUUCCCAUCUGUCUUUACACAGCAAUAAAGAUCGUGAUUAUUAAACAAAUUCUCCUCGCGAGAUUAACAGGAAAUGUAUGGAGCAGAUCGUUGAGAAAAUGCAUUGUGAAUGUUACUUGUUGAAGGGGUUUUUUAUCUCCCCGGAUAUUGGUCGCUUUCGUGGUGCUAUGUUACGAAUGACCGGCUUAAAAUUUGCAUAAAUAAUUUGGUAACAUCUUUGAUCAUACAUGAUUCUUGAUAAAUGUUUAUGGAAAUCCCUAGCCAAGCUUCGUUUGAAGAUUUGUCCAAGAUAUCCUUGAAGAACAACAUAGUCCAGAUUAUUUUGUUGAAGUUGCGAUCCGUUUUCACCUUUUGCGUCUGCAAGCGCAGACAAUUAUUUUGAGUUUCAUUGCAUUACUACAAUAAUUCCUGAAUACUGACUAUUAUUUUAGGGUUUCUUUUGACGCCGAACUGUUUACGGCUCUGCAAAUAGACGUUUAGUUGGAAACUUGACUUGAAACUUUAUCUCUUUCAUUUCAAGAAGAAGCUAGUCAACGUUGGACAAAAAUUCAAAAUUUCAUUUUUGGAAAUAUAAAAUGUUAAAAAACAGAUAGACUUAAUACCAUGUGAAAGUACUUCCAAAGAGGUUUGAUUUGAAUGGUCACACUAUAGGAUUUCGUGCACCAAGCCAAAGUUAGAACCACCUCACAAGGGUAAACUGUGCUGUGUGGCAGUGAAAGGGUUAAGCUGCUUUGCACCGGCUUUGUAGAUAUUGGAGUUUUUAAUAAUUGCAAUUGUGUCAUUGUCCUUUUCAGGUUGUAUGGGAAUCAUUUCAAAUGUUAUUUCUCAUUCUUAUACGACAUCGACUGGUUUACGUGUAUGAGGUUGAACAGUGGUACAUUGGAGCUCUGGGAAGCGUUUGCGAUGAGGUGAGUCCCGACUUAAAAUUGCAGUGAACGGAAUUUGGAAUGUAUCCUAAACAUAGUUAUAAUUUAAACUUGGUUCAAAAAACACGAUUUUCGGUCUCAACAUUCGUGGAAAAAAUUUGUGAAGUGACUGUGUGAGAUAUAUUCGCAUGUCAGAGCAUUUCUUUUUUUUCCUUGAACUACUGAAGCUGUCUGACCUGCUUUCUCAAGGAGAAGACGAUCGGGUGCCUUAGGGCGCACGAUUUCCUUGGUCUCCCCGAGUUCAAAUCCUGCCAUGACAGCAGGAGAGGCAGGGUUGUUAGCGGUAGUUGGAAUGUCAACUACCUUAUCAUUAUUAUGGUUUGCCUCCAGCCGGUUGGGGUUCUUACUCGUUGUGUUAAAUUUGCGUUAUUUGUUAGUAUUCAAAUUUGUGAGCCGCAAUGUAAACCACUAGAUCACCAGUAAUUGUGUCAAGCCUAUGACGACGGAAUCCACCAGGAAAUUGAGUAAUUUUAAUUUCCAGUGGACAAAAACCUUGUACCAGAAUAAUUUAAAGAACAUUGCAAUCUUUUUUACAUUUUUCAAAGGCUACAGAUGUAGUUAGUUAUCUGUAGCAACACCAAAGAAAAUUUCUUGUGAGUGCCCGAGAAAAUGAAUGUCAAAUUUCACAAAAUUACAUCUUACACAUGAAAUUUUCAGAAUUUUACCUGUGUUUUCACAAUUCUUGUGAAAUUUGACAUUCAUUUUCUCGGGCUCCCGUAAGAAAUUUUCUUGGUGUUACUACAGAUGACGAAUUACAUCUUUAGUCCUUAAAAAAUGUAAAAAAGAAUGCAAUAUGCUCUAAAUUAUUCUGGUACAAGGUUUUUGUCCACUCAAAAUUAAAAUUUUCAAAAUGUUCUGCAACUUUUUGAUGCCGCAUAUAACGUAAUAAGAGGAAAGCGACACGUCUAGUUUACUAAUGAUAUGCAACAAAAAUUACAAGAACUUUUGCGAGCUUUAACGCUUCGCCUGUUGAAAAGUCGAUUUCGAAAUAAUCCUUAACUGAAUCAGGUAGUUCUCGCUAGUUUAAAAGCUCUAUUGAGAUGUAAGCUGCAUGUCAGUCGAGUUUACUAAUGAUAUACAAAAACAGGAACUUUUGCCAGUUUGUAAACUCUUUCAUCCCCAGUCCGGAAGUCUUUGUAUCAUUGUUAUGUGCUUAGAAGAAGUUGUUUGUCUGAAACUAGUCGUAACUAAAUAAAGUGAAUGAAUAAAUAAAUCCAAAGAAAUUCUCAAAAGGUGCGGACAACUUAAGAAUUUAAAAUUCUUUUUUUUUUCUUUGUGAUUCGCCACUGUUUCAAAGGUAAGUGACGGUAUCAUCAAGAUUGUUUGUAAUUUUGUGGUCUAUACAUAAUAAUGCUAUACACCGUAAUUUUUAGGGAGUUAUUAUAACUCCAAAAAUGGUGUAAAAAUUUUAGGUACAGGAUAACCCCUUUUUUGGGGUUAUUUUAACUCCUAAUUUAACUCCGAAUUUGGGGUCAUUUUUACUCCUGAAAAAGAGUUCUUUUUACUCCCAGUCUGGAGUUAAAAUUACUCCGAAAUGGGGUUACUUGUACUCCUUACAUGGGUUGUUUUUACUCUUUUUGGAGUUAAUUUAACUCUGAAAGUGGAGUAAAAAUUUUAGGUACAGGAUAACUCCUUUUUUGGGGUUAUUUUAACUCCUCAAUAUCUGGGGUCACUUUUACUCCUGAAAAAAGAGUUCUUUAAACUCCUUUUUGGAGUUAAAAUAACUCCACUGUAAGGAGUUAAAUUAGCCCCACUAGAGGAGUUAUUAUAACCCCCUGAAAAUUACAGUGUAUUUAAGACUAAGUUAAUUAGUACUUGCCAUGGCCUCCAGUUACUAGGUAAGCCCAAAAUAAACAUAGAAAACCAAUGCCAGCUUUACGCCAGCUUCAGCUAAUGUAUGCUUUGAAACAACCCAAAUUAAUAUCAAUUUCGAUCUGAAAUGCUUAACGGUUUCAUAUGGUCUCUUCUGUACAUUAAUUAUAAUUGCGCCGGUAUUUAAUGCAAGGACGUCCUUUCGCCUUUUCGAGGAAGUCCUAAAAAACAAUUGAAAGUAAAUCGAUUUCCCAGAAUUGCUUCAAGAAAUCUUGUCCUUGGAAACUGAAGAUAAGUCAGGCAAAUCACAUUCGUUUAUCGGAUUAUCCUUACUGAUUAAGCACACCUUGGUGCUGCUAAAGUAAAAACACUUAUGGAAUUAAAUUGCAGCGUAAUACUGCGGCUAUGAUUUGGAAUGCACUUCCUGACGAAAUUCGCGCCGUUAACCGAGAAAAUGGAAACAUUUAGGAGCUCGUCUGGGAACUACGGGUGCGUUCGAUUGAUCGUACUCAGGAAUAAGAAUGUCAAGAAAGUUUGUUACAAAUCUGUUCUGUCGUGAUUUUUAGACUCCUAUAUAGCCACGGGCAUUUUGUUAUUUAAAGCAGAUUUCUUCUUGUUGUUUGUUGAUGAAUACCAAAACAGCGUGGUUCUAGAGUUAAUUCCUAGUGAUGCUUAUUCAAGUCUGAAAUGGGGUCAAUCGAACGCAUCCUUAAUUUCAAAGGCAGACUUUUCAAAUUUUAAGAGCGAAUGCACAGAAAAAUUGAGCAAAAUCGGCAAAUCGUGGCCACAGCUAAAAACCUAACUUACCCUCAUUUUCAGUCUGUAAUAAGGUUUUAAUGAGUUUAUAAUACUGCUGAGGUUUAAAUUUCAAAAUGCAGCCGAGUUUGGGAAUUAUUUAAGAUUUUCGAUUUCAACGGUCUGCGGCCCUAAAAUUAGCCGCCGAACACGGCAAUAUAGCCUAGCGACAGAAAUGAGCUGACUUUCAUAAACGAGCGAAUAUAUUGGCAAUCUUCCACUUAAAUCUCAAAAAGCAGAUAUCUAACAAUUUCUGAACAGCACAUUUUUUAGAUUUAGAGCAUAAAAUAUCGACGAGCCAGCAGAAUUUUGAAACGUAAUUUGCAUAAUGCUUGUAAAUACAACAAUUUACCGCUAAAACCAAAAUCGAAUUUUCUAUAUGGGGGAAUUCUCCAAAUCACCCCAAAUCCCGCUUACUACCUAAUGAGAUAUAGUACUUCAACAUUAUCUGAAAGUUAGUCUGGUGUUCUCGCGAACGCUUGUAAAAUAGAUUGAUUAUUUUGAGGUUAUUUUGCCGCAAACAACCGCUAAUUGACCCCACGGUCAGUUGACACGUGCCCGUCACCUUAGUUUUAUGCAUCGAUUUGAGCUCGUUAAAAGGGCGAAACUAACAAGAUUCUUUUAAUAUGUACCUGUUUUAAUGAAAUACACGCAAAAGGAGAGGCCGUUCAAUGGGUAAUUUCUGUUCUUGAGAUCUUGUAGAUUGUACCAUGAUUCUACCAUGGCGUCUGCGAGUGGACCUGAGUCUAGGUCUGUUUUCCAGUGACUGCGAAAUCAGAAUAACAUCAAGAAAUAAUUCUCCCUCGAAUCUUCGUAAGUGAAUCAGCUUUGCAGUGCCUUACCUGAGAUAAAAAGUGGGCCGAAUAGCAAAACAAUUCUAGCGCAAUUUGGAUCCUUUGUGGAACGCAGUGUAUUGCUGAGCGAAAGGUGAGUAAACAAACGUAGGAAAGUACGUUACCUUUGAUUGCGUGACCAGCCAGUAAACGAUAGUCUCCAGCGAAAAAUAGGAUUCGCAAAAAUCUUGCUGAUGUAUAUUUAACAGUUUGUUACUAUAAAUUUACACCUGGUUUGUCUAAAACUUUAAACAAUGCAUAUCUGUCCAAGAGUAUAAGAAUGUUUCGAAAGAUCCACCCCUAAAUAACUGUGGGCUACUCCUUUUUCCCCAUCACCGAUGUGCACUUCCUUCCCACUGUCUUUUGCAUGAGGCUUGUAUGCCUUUUUAACUGUUAUCGACACUUAAAACUGGCCGUUUAAGGCCUGGUUUAAGAACUUGACUGACUUAAAAAACCGUCGCGAACAUGCGCCAUUACUGUUGGACUUUGGAAGCUUUAAGCCCAAAAUGAUGGUGCAAUCUCAAGAAAUUUGCCCGGGUCUAAUUUUAAGACAGGGAACGGGUACUAAGAAAGGGACGGUCUCAUUUAGCAACCCGUGGACAAUCUGGGCAUGCUUGCCUUCUGUCGCAGGGGCAACCUUUAAGGCCAGGUACGCCGCCCCCACCCGAGAGGAUUGCAUGGCAUCCACCAUUUCAGUCGCUUUUUUUACAUCAUGACCUUCAAUUAUUAUGAAUUAUAAUGCCGGCCUUGAUCGUUGCCACCUUACCAGAAGUCUAAUCUUCGCACUGUUAGACCAUGAGAAUCUCUAUUAUUAUUCCAUAAAUGCACCAUUUGACUUUUCCUUGCUCAGCUUCCGGUAAACCGAUACUCCGAAGCAAAAAUAGCUUUACAACGACUCUACCCAGGCCAGAACUCCUAAUAUCAACAAAUAUACCCCCUCUAAAGAGAGCAAACGUUCCCCGAACUAUUCACUUGACCCAACCCAUCCCUUCGUUAAGAAAAACUAAGCACUCAGUUCACUGGACAAAACGCGCUCGUGAAUAUACCAAACUAUAGCCGUUCAUCCUACAAGCAAUCUCAGUUUCAGCAAGCGUGGCCACGUUUCCAGUUGCUGUAAGAUUAAUUCGACACCUGCAACAGACACUGUAAAUUAAAUAGAGUGUUUUCACUCACGUGGCCAGCAUCUAUGCAAAUUUAUUGGAACAAAAGAAAGCGUUUGCAUAAGAAAGGAGUUCAACUCCUACAGGAUUGGUUUGGGACACCAACAUGGCCGCCGUUUCAUUGUUUUGGGACACCAAUAUGGCCGCCGUGAUGUCAUGUGAAAACACUCUAUGCCUUGAAACUGUCAGGACGAGAAAGAUUAUAAAAGACUUAACAGGUGUGCGCGGCGGUUUCCUUUUCUUCCUUUCCUCCCAUUGUAGCACUCAAAUUCUGACCCUGAUAUUAAUUCUAGUAGUAAUUAAUCGUUCCUGAGCCGAUAGGCACAAGGAUACCAGUUUCUUGCAAAAUAUGCCGUGACAUCCGUUUGCUCAUCCCCUUUUCUGCCUUCGGCCGCUGAUCAGGUUUGGUUCUGUGCUUUGAAAUAACUUUAGGAACGAACAUGAUACGUGAGGGGCGUGUCCGGCUAAGGGCAAGUGACUCUCGGUGGUGAAGACAUAUACUGAGCUUGUCAGUAUUUCGUAGCCUGUACCACGUCGCGAAAAUAGAACAAGCCAAAGAAAAAUAAGACGCCUUUCUUUCCCCAGCCCACGCAGGUUUUCGCAUUACUUUUUACUGCACAACUGAUUCUACCUUUUCGAGCCGGAGCGAACAUGGACGCCCUCCACUUCAUUUUCGGCACCUGACUAAACGCAAGCGCUGACUUGUGCGCCUAUGCCUCGUUUGCACUGAAGUAGCAGUAUAUGACCACGACAGACUUGCUGCUAUCCUUGGUUUGAAACCGCAAUGGGCAAGAACAAUUUCUUGAAAAGAGCAAACUAUUUUCUCCUUAGCAGACAUGGAGAACAACUACUAGGACUUAAGCAAUGCCAUUGCUUAAGUCCUACUAGACUUGAAAAGAGAAAGCAUGAUGCUUUCUCUUUUUUAUGAUUUACGGCUAAACAGUACAAUUUCAUGUAGCUUUUACGCAAAAUUAAAUACUUAGUUGUUUGCACAAUUGCAUUUAACAACAAAUUACAGAAAUUUAACUAAGUUUAGAUCUCAUAGAUAAGAAUUGAACGGAAAAAACUUUUGGGGUAAAAAAGUAAAAAAAUGUUUGCUGAAAAAUCACUUAAUGAACAUAUAUACAAUAGCAGAGAUAUCAUGCCUGUAAUUUUCCGUUCAAUGCACCUUAUGAGAAGUCUGACUAAUCCACUGGUAACCCAUGCCUUAAACCCAUGCCUUAAAACCGCCUUUCAUGCGUAGUGCAAAUAUAUCUUCUAAACACUCCGGGGUGGGGGGAAAAUCAGAAGAACAGAACAUUCAGUUACAUGUACUGUACCAUUUUUAAAAGUGGGACAGUAUGUUUGCUAAUCAUCUUAGUUAACCGCUUUUAAAAUAGGACAAAAGGACACCUGGUCAUACAGGAAAAUGAAUUUACUGUACCCCGAAAGCUUUGGGUGCGCUUAUUUUUCGCAGGAGACAAUCGAUAAAUUCCUGGUCACGCAAUCGGAGGUGAGUAACUAAUUAAAAGUCACUGAUACCAUCGCCGCUUAGCACAUACACUACGUGCUGCAAAGGAUCCAAAUUGCGCUAGAAUGUUUUCCUAUUCGGCCCACUUUUUAUCUCAGGUAAGGCACUGCAAAGCGGAUUCAUUUACGAAGGUUCGAGCGAGAAUUAUUUCAUGAUGUUAUUCUGAUUUCGCAGUCACGGGAAAACAGACCUAGACUCAGGUCCACUCGCAGACGCCAUGGUACAAUCUACAAGAUCUCAAGAACAGACAUUACCCACUGAACUGCCUCUCCUUUUGAAGAUUGCGUGUAUUUCAUUAAAACAGGUACAUAUUAAAAAAAUCUUGUUAGUUUCUCCCUUUUAACGAGCUCAAAUCGAUGCAUAAAACUAAGGUGACGUGCACGUGUCAACUGACCCUGGGGUCAAUGAUUAGCGGUUGUUUGGGGCAAAAUAACCUCAAAAUAAUCAAUCUAUUUUACAAGCGUUCGCGAGAACACCAGACUAACUUUCAGAUAAUGUUGAAGUACCAUAUCUCAUUAGGUAGUAAGCGGGAUUUGGGGUGAUUUGGAGAAUUCCCCCAUAUAGAAAAUUCGAUUUUGGUUUUAGCGGUAAAUUGUUGUAUUUAUAAACAUUAUGCAAAUCACGUUUCAAAAUUGUGCUCGUUCGUCGAUAUUUUAUGCUCUAAAUCUAAAAAAAUGUGCUGUUUAGAAAUUGUUAAUAUCUGUUUUUUGAGAUUUAAGAGGAAGAUUGCCAAUAUAUUCGCUCGUUUAUGAAAGUCAGCUCAUUUCUGUCGCUAGGCUAUAUUGCCGUGUUCGGCGGCUAAUUUUAGGCCCGCGGACCGUUGAAAUCGAAAAUCUCAAAUAAUUCCCAAACUCGGCCGCAUUUUGAAAUUUAAACCUCAGCAGUGUUAUAAACUCAUUAAAACCUUAUUACAGACUUAAAAUGAGGGUAGGUUAGGUUUUGAGCCGUGGCCACGGUUUGCUCGAUUUUUCUGUGCAUUCGCUCUUAAUUCUGUAAAUACCUUUUUUUUUCGCUUUCUCGCGUCCUGUCAAACCUUGACUUGAAUGCUCGUAGUCUAUGUUUACUUUGACACUACUCCCAAUAAAGUAAGGGCUUGUUCGAUUGACUGUAUUCCGGAAUAAAACAUAAAUAUCAUAAACUCUAGAAUUCACUUGUUCUGGCAUUCAUUGCAUUGCCAUAUCUAGAAAUCUGCUUGAAUAAGUUAUUCCGAUGUACAUAGCGUUUAAGUGAUCCAAAAAUCGAAGUACGAAAGAAUUGUAACAGAACUUUUGCGUAUUCUGGCAACGUAAACGAUUGUUCAUAGCGCAUGAUACCUCAGCCUUUUCAUAAAUGGUAGUUCCCCCUCCCCUUUCAAGUUGCAGGCGGUGCGAGUGAGACUGGGGGCGAACAAGGUGGAGUUGGUCCGGGACUGGGUUGAGAAAAAGAAGGCGGAAAGAACUGAGAUGAAAUCGUAUCCAUAAUAGUGGUUCAGUAGGUUAAAAUAUGAAGCAGUUUAACAUUUUCAUGCCACGAAUUGAAACUCAAUGGGUCGAUUAUUUAAACGAAGUUUAACUUGGGCCGUGGUCUAAGAAAUCAUUGGACCUCCAGAUCUUCUUCUUAAGGGGUUGAUUUAAGAAAGUGAGUGCUUUUCCAGACUACACUACAGGUUUUAUUCAAAUUGUUCAUGAAAAAUCGUGUUUAGAUAAAAGCGUUGGGCAAAGUGACAAUGGCUUAGAACGCGGUUUUGUUAAACACAAGCUAAACUCUGUUUAAGUAAUGGGCCCAAUAUGUCCACCAUCUUUCUUUCAGGAAAAUGCUGUCGAAGUCGGCAAAGCGUGUUGUUCCCUGGUGUCUACUUAUCAAGAAAUGAAAAACAAAUUUGGUAAGAUAAAAAAAUUAACUGCAAAAACCGUGGACGAAGUUCCUGCUGGUUGUCAACGUUGGAUCUCUAGAAAAGAGAUCUAAUCAGCUUCAGACUUGAAGAAGGCUGGUAUGGCCAGCCGAAAUAUUGUUUUAAAAAAGCAAUACACGUUUUAAUAUCAGCUUUGCAGUAGUCUUUAUACUUCUCGUUUUUGUUUUGGUAAGAGAAGUCGACAUUGUUUUAGCGGUCGCGGCGAUAACAUCCUGGAAAAAUAGUCUGUACAUGCGUAGUGCUAUUAUGUAUAAUGAAGAUAUAAACAGUAUGCUAAGGCCACCUUAUACCUACAGUAGAUGUUUUAUGUCGAAACCAUGUAGCGCGUUUCGAUCAAACUUCCGCCGGGACUAAAUAAAUGACCAAUAGAAAGCACUUUUGAGUGGUAACUACCACCUUAAAUGGGCUCAGUACGGCCGGUUUUGUAACCUUCACCAGACGGCAAGGGUAUUUUCCAGAACGCAGAACGUAGAGUGGCAUUGUUCUCAAUAUGGAAUGGAGCGAGACAACAACUUAGCAUUGUUGUCUAACCUUCUGAGAACAAUACUCCUGUCCUUCACUAGAGGAAUUAAAAUGGGAACAGCCGCUGAUUCGUGAAACGGUCGACAAAGAUUAGACAAGGGAAUCUUGAAAGCACCGCAGCAAUACUACCCUAUUUUUUGCUGUUCUGGGUUUUUACAAAAUGGAAAUUUUCCUUGAGUUUGUUAUUUUCGCAGUAAUUGUGAAUAACCGUGCAUUCCUUCCAUUGGCCAAAGGUGAGAAAGAUACUAAAUUUCGUUUUGUAAAAUACAAGAAAUCAAAAGGUAGUGUGCGAAAGAACUGCUGAAGAGGUUUCAUUUGAAUGGUUGCUCCAUGGGUUUUGAUACAAAGACUUAAAAGUUAGAAUAGGCCUUUUAAAAAAUACCAUAAUACUUUUUGUUGUCACUUUUUGUUGCAAACGUUUGCACAAGUAUUGUUUUCAAUUUUGUCCCAAGAGAAAUUGAACACAAUGCUUAUGCAAAAUUUUAGAGGGACAACAAAGAGUAUUAUGGUAUUUUUGCAAAAGGCCUAUUAUGUACAAAAUAAAUCUUACUUUUUAAAAGAACUGCUGAAUAGGUAUUAUUUGCAUGGUCACAGCAUAAGACUCAAACUUUAGAGCUACAUGCUAAAUAAUUAGUACCAUGUAAACUUUCUACUGAAGAGGUGUUACUUAAACGGUCCCAUCAUGGGAUAUUAGUCUAUCAGUCGCAGACGCAAAAGUUAGAAUUGUAUACUGCACUGUAAAUAGUGCAAGAAAGAAAUGCUGAACUAAUUUGUAAAUUUAACUGAUUUUUGAUAUAUUUUUUCUAGAUUCCAGUGAUAAUGGACUCAGCAAAGCUACGCAUCCUGCUGAUUUCGCUGUUCUCAUUUCUGUACUGAAACAGAGAUUUCCUCACAACAUUUCUCUACUUACCGAAUUAACAGAUUACAUCAAUAACAGUGCUGGACACAUGGUAAUAUCUACUGAUUCUGCUUAUAAAAAUACCCAAUGAAACAUAAGCAUCUCGCUUUACUUGAAAUUGUCUCUACAAAAACGGACACCCCUGGAUAAUCUGUCUAAUAAUCUUUCUAUCCUCCUGGGAGGUUUAUUUGCUUAAGCCCCCGUCCCACCUCCUCCCUGCCCUCUAGAAUCGCGUCAUUGUCCUCACCAUCAAUAUGAUACAGAUACAAAAUUAUAGUGUAAUUCACUUAACUGUAUGGUUUGCUGUCUCGGUCUUGACUUAUGAGGAUGAAUGCUAAUCGGCUGUUAGAGUAUUCUACAUGAAUUAACGAAAAAAAAACAAACAUUAAAAUCAAAAUUAUAUCAUUGUAAACGUAUUAAAAUUUAUUUAAAAACGCCAAAAAGAUUUCAAAGAAUUUCUCAUUAAGAGAUACUUACAUACAGUUGUCUGCCUUAUUCCGCUUUUAACAAAUAUCGCCAAAGCUAUAUACUGUAAUAUUCAGAGAUUUACAAGAGAAAACGAUGUUCAUACUAAAUACUCUGUUGUCCGGCUUAUAUAAGCAUCCGCUCAGAGACACGCGGACAGUAUACUUGAUCUAAUAGUGGUUCAAGUUGUUAAUUAUAUAUAUAAAAUAGGCUGAAUACUAAGUUUUUAGUGUUUGGAGACAUG